AUGGACUUAACUAAUAAUCUAAUUAAUCCCAAUACUGCGCCAACCACGUCGAAUUCAACGACAACAACAAAUCCAUUGAAACGCGUUCGACUUGAAAGUGACGAUUGGAGUGAGAAAACUCCGCGAUCACGUCUACUUGAACGUUGGAAAGAACAAGAUUUAUACAUUGAUUACUUAGAAUCACGAGUACAUCAAUUACAACAAUCGAUUGAGUCAAAUGAACUUGUACGGGAGAAAGAAGCCGAGUGUAAUAAAUUGAAAUCUUUACUUAAUUAUCGGUUUUUAACGAAAACAACUCAACAACAAGCGUUGGAUCAAAUGCGUGAUAUGAUGCAAACACCAUCCUUAGCUCGACUUAGACAAACUUAUUUAGAUCCAUCGAUUAAUCUUAUCUAUGGACAAAUGCGUGAAGAGAUCGAAAAUAGUCGAAAAGCAUGUGAUGAGGCACAAAAUGAACUACGAGCGUGGCAGUUCACAGCAGACAGUAAAACUGGCAAAAUGCUUAUGGCGAGAUGUAAAAAACUACUCGAAGAAAAUGAACAAUUAGGAAAAAUUGUUUCGUCAGAUAAUGUAGCGAAAUUAGAAAGUGAAAUCGCUCUACAAAAUCGACUUAUAUCAAACAUAAAAGAUGCACAAACAGAUUAUGAAGAGAUUAUGUUAGACAUGGAUACAAAUAUGGAUGCAAUGUCCAAUGCAUUGCUUCACAUGCGACAUCAAUUAUCUGAAUCACAUCGACAAAUCAGUUUGUUAAAUGAAGAAAAUGCUCGUUUGAAAACUUUUUGUCAAUCAACAACUAAUACUCUCAACACACCGAAUGGAAUUUCUCUUUCUGAUUCACCGUUGUGA